UCAUUUUUAGAGGUGUCGUGCUGGACGAUGGCAGGCGAAAGGCACUCGUCCCGCAUCCGUUCCUUGUACCUGAAAUCAGUUCUGAGGCAAGACAUUGCAUUCUUCGAUACACAAAUGACAACAGGCGAAGCAGUUUCUAGAAUGUCUAGCGAUACGGUCAUGAUUCAAGAUGCUCUUGGUGAGAAGGCAGGGAAGCUUGUACAACACACAUCCGCCUUCUUUGGGGGUUUUAUCAUAGCAUUCACAAAAGGCUGGCUCCUUACCCUUGCCAUGCUAACAUCACUACCACUAAUUGCUAUCGCUGGUUCAGUAUCUGCACAACUGCUAACCCGGGUUUCUAGCAAGCGACUAACAUCUUAUAGUGAUGCUGCAGACACAGUUGAACUUACAAUUGGAUCUAUACGAACAGUUGUGUCCUUCAAUGGCGAGAAAAAGGCUAUAGAAAUGUACAAUAAAUUCAUAAAAAAUGCAUACAUGACUGUUGUUGAGGAAGGCCUUGUAAGUGGUUUUGGCAUGGGCUCUGUCUUCUGCAUCAUAUUUAGCAGCUAUGGCCUAGCCUUCUGGUAUGGUGGAAAGCUAAUCAUUGACAAAGGUUAUACCGGAGGGAAAAUCAUCACUGUUUUGUUCGCCGUAUUGACUGGCGCAACCUCGUUAGGUAAUGCAACACCAUCAAUUUCUGCAAUUGUGGGAGGUCAAUCUGCAGCAUACAGACUGUUCGAAACGAUUGAGAGGAAACCCGGGAUAGAUUCAGAUGAUACCAGCGGCAUAGUCUUGGAAAAUAUCAAGGGUGAUAUUGAGAUAAAGGAUGUACACUUUAGCUACCCUGCAAGACCCGAGCAGUUAGUAUUAGAUGGACUGUCAUUACAAGUAGCUAGUGGAACAACAAUGGCCAUAGUUGGAGAGAGCGGAAGUGGCAAGUCAACUGUGAUCAGCCUAGUUGAAAGAUUCUAUGAUCCACAGGCUGGCGAAGUUUUGAUAGAUGGAGUAAACAUCAAGAAUCUGAAUCUUGAUUGGAUAAGAGGGAAGAUCGGCCUUGUUAGCCAAGAACCGUCGCUGUUUAUGACCUCCAUUAAAGAUAACAUAAUCUAUGGUAAAGAAGAUGCAACUCUUGAAGAAAUCAAGAGAGCAGCCGAGCUCGCAAAUGCAGCAAGCUUCAUCGACAAGUUGCCGAAUGGAUACAAUACAUUGGUUGGCCAACAUGGCACUCUGCUUUCUGGAGGACAAAAACAAAGAAUUGCAAUUGCAAGAGCCAUCCUUAAAGAUCCAAAAAUUCUUUUGCUAGAUGAAGCAACAAGUGCACUGGAUGUGGAAUCUGAGAGGAUAGUUCAGGAGGCACUCAAUAGGAUAAUGGUAGAAAGAACCACACUUAUCGUUGCUCAUCGUUUGAGCACUGUAAGGAAUGUAGACUGCAUCACAGUUGUUCAUCAAGGGAAAAUAGUCGAACAAGGUCCUCAUCAAGCAUUGGUGAAGGAUCCCGGUGGAGCUUACUCCCAGCUUAUUAGGCUACAAGAAACCCAUGGUAAUGAAAGACGUAAAAUACAGGAUCCUGGAGUGCCCAAUUCCUUAUUAAAAAGCACUACUUUGUCAAUUAGACGGUCAGUGACUAAAGAUUCCUUUGGCAAUAGCAAUAGAUACUCUUUCAGAUCUGAUGAGUCUCAUGAGGAUGAAAUCAUAGGCAAGCAGAACAAAGAGGACCUUCCUGAUGGGAAGACCCUUCAGAAAGCACCAAUUGGACGCCUUUUUAAUCUUAACAAACCAGAGGUGCCAUUUCUUCUGCUCGGUGUUAUAGCAGCAUCGGUGCAUGGAAUCAUUUUCCCAUUGUUUGGCAUACUAAUGUCUGGCGUUAUAAAAUCAUUCUACGAGCCACCAGAUAAGCUGCGAAAAGAUUCUAGCUUUUGGGCAUUGAUAGCUGUUGUUCUGGGGGUUGCAGCUUUCAUUGCAAUCCCUGCAGAAUAUCUUUUGUUUGGAAUUGCUGGUGGCAAGCUUAUAGAGCGUGUUCGUACUCUGUCAUUUCAAAAUAUUGUGCAUCAGGAAAUUGCUUGGUUUGAUAAUCCCUCAAAUUCGAGAUCUACACAGAUACUAAGAUUCUGCUUUAUCACUUACAGUGGUGCACUUGGUACACGGCUCUCAGUCGAUGCAUUAAAUGUUCGGCGCUUAGUUGGAGAUAAUCUGGGAAUUAUAGUGCAGUCUACAGCCGCAAUAAUCACUGGCUUUCUCAUAGCAUUUACAGCGGACUGGAGGCUUGCACUCAUUAUCACCUGUGUCAUUCCUUUAGUGGGUGCACAGGGUUAUGCUCAAGUGAAGUUCUUCAAGGGGUUUAGUGAAGAAGCUAAGGAGAUGUAUGAAGAUGCAAGUCAAGUUGCAACUGAUGCUGUUAGUAGUAUCAGAACUAUAGCAUCUUUCUGUGCAGAGAAAAGAGUGGUUACAACGUAUAACAAGAAAUGUGAAGCAUUAAGGAAACAAGGAAUUCGAACUGGAAUUGUCGGAGGGCUUGGUUUUGGUUUCUCACUCUUAGUGUUGUAUCUGACAUAUGCUCUAUGUUUCUAUGUUGGUGCAAAGUUUGUUCGCCAGGGAAAAACUACUUUUGCAGAUGUUUUCAAAGUUUUCUUUGCCUUAGUUUUGGCAGCUGUUGGGGUUUCACAGGCAAGUGCAUUGGCAUCUAAUGCGACAAAGGCAACGCAUUCGGCCAUUUCUGUUUUCAGUAUUCUAGAUCGGAAGUCAAAAAUCGAUACAAGUAGUGAUGAGGGCCUCAUGUUGGACAAUGUCAAUGGCGACAUUGAUUUUAGUAAUGUCAGUUUCAAGUACCCAUCACGCCCUGAUGUUCAAAUAUUUAGUGACUUUACAUUGCACAUUCCUUCCAGAAAGACCAUAGCACUAGUUGGAGAAAGUGGUAGUGGCAAGUCCACAAUAAUUGCUUUACUUGAGCGUUUCUAUGAUCCUGAUUCUGGUAGAAUCUCAGUAGAUGGAGUCGAAAUUAAGAGCUUGAGAAUUAGCUGGUUAAGGGAUCAGAUGGGGCUGGUAGGCCAGGAGCCAGUGCUUUUCAACGACACAAUCCGUGCAAACAUAACAUAUGGAAAAAAUGGAGAAGCGACUAACGAAGAAGUCACAGCUGCGGCCAAUGCAGCAAAUGCUCAUGAAUUCAUAUCAAGCUUGCCACAUGGAUACAACACUCCGGUUGGCGAGAAAGGAGUGCAACUAUCUGGUGGGCAGAAACAGCGGGUAGCUAUCGCAAGGGCCAUUAUAAAGGACCCCAAGAUACUACUACUUGAUGAGGCAACCAGUGCCCUGGAUGCGGAAUCGGAGCGCAUCGUUCAAGAUGCAUUGGAUCGAGUCAUGGUGAGCAGGACCACCAUAGUGGUGGCACACCGCCUCUCCACGAUCAAAGGGGCUGAUAUGAUUGCAGUCAUCAAGGAAGGAAAAAUUGCAGAGAAGGGAAAGCAUGAGGCCCUGGUGCGAAUCAAGGAUGGGGUCUAUGCUUCACUAUUAGAACUUCGCUAUAAUUCUGAGUAGAAUUGUGUAUUAUUUGACAUUUAUUUUGCUCUUUCUUGUCAUUGUUGCAUUUGUUUGUUACUAGUAUAAGCAUUUGGCCAUGCAAUAAAAUGACUUGGGAUUUGGGAAUUAAAUGUUGUUAAGUAAUAUGCAACUUGUAUUCUCAUGUGGCCAUA